AUAUUUACCCCCUGUGCAGCGAGUAUGACGCCGUUCGGUGGCAUCGCGUCCAAGCUGAGGAUCGAUCGGCUGAAGGCGGCCGGCGUGGGGUCCCACGAUUGUGCCGUGAAAUACCUGGGCCAGGACUUCGAGAGCCUGAGGCAGCAGUGUGUGGAGAGCGGGACUCUCUUCGAAGACCCCCAGUUCCCGGCCGCCACCCCCACGCUGGGCUUCAAGGAGCUCGGCCCCGGCUCCAGCAAAGUCCGUGGCGUGACGUGGAAGCGCCCGUCGGAAAUCGUGGACGACCCACAGUUCAUCGUUGGUGGAGCGACCAGGACGGACAUCUGUCAGGGGGCACUGGGUGACUGCUGGCUCCUGGCUGCCAUCGGCUCUCUGACUCUGAACGAGGAGCUGUUACACCGCGUGGUACCCCACGGCCAGAGCUUCCAGGACGACUACGCCGGCAUCUUCCAUUUCCAGAUCUGGCAGUUUGGGGAGUGGGUGGACGUGGUCGUGGACGACCGUCUGCCGGUGAAGGACGGGGAGCUGGUGUUCGUUCACUCGGCUGAGUGCACGGAGUUCUGGAGUGCGCUGCUGGAGAAGGCGUACGCCAAGCUGAACGGCUCCUACGAGGCUCUGUCGGGUGGCAGUACCACGGAGGGCUUCGAGGACUUCACUGGCGGAGUGGCCGAGAUGUACGAAUUACGGAAAGCCCCCCGUGACCUGGACAGGAUCAUCCGCCGGGCGCUGGAGCGAGGGUCUCUGCUGGGGUGCUCUAUCGAUAUCACGAGCGCUCAUGACAUGGAGGCCGUCACAUUCAAGAAGCUUGUGAAGGGCCACGCGUACUCCGUCACCGCUCUCAAAGAGGUAAAUUACAGGGGCCAAUUGGAGAAACUGAUCCGUAUCCGGAACCCCUGGGGGCAAGUGGAGUGGACAGGAGCGUGGAGCGAUAACUCUUCUGAGUGGAACGAGGUGGACCCCUCGGAACGGGAGGACCUGCAACUGAAGAUGGAGGACGGGGAGUUCUGGAUGUCGUUCCAGGAGUUCCUGCGUCAGUUCUCCCGGCUGGAAAUCUGUAAUCUCACCCCCGACGCGCUCGACAAAGACGGCCUCGGCAAGUGGCACACCACCCUCUACGACGGCACGUGGCGGAGGGGCAGCACGGCCGGGGGCUGCAGGAACAACCCGGCCACCUUCUGGAUCAACCCUCAGUUUAAGGUGACGCUACUGGAGGAGGACGACGACCCGGCCGAUAACGAGCUGGCCUGCAGCUUCCUGGUGGCCCUAAUGCAGAAGAACCGGCGGCAGCAGCGGCGGGUGGGCGGAGACAUGCAUACGAUUGGCUUCGCCGUCUACGAGGUCCCGGACGAGUUUAAGGGCUGCCAGAACGUCCACUUGAAGAAGGAUUUCUUCCUGCGGCAUCAGUCCUGCGCCCGCUCGGAAACCUUCAUCAACCUGCGCGAGGUCAGCAACCAGAUCCGACUCCCGCCAGGGGAGUACAUCAUCGUCCCGUCCACGUUCGAGCCCCACAAGGAGGGAGACUUCGUGCUGCGGAUCUUCACGGAGAAACACUCGGACAUCCAGGAGCUGGACGAGGAGGUGUCGGCAGACCUGCCCGAGGAAGAGCAUCUGACAGAAGACGACGUAGAAGAUUCCUUCAAGAACAUGUUCCAGCAGCUGGCCGGAGACGAUAUGGAGAUCAGCGUCUUUGAGCUGAAGAACAUCCUGAACAGAGUGGUGAGCAGACACAAAGACCUGAAGACGGACGGGUUCAGCAUGGAGUCCUGCCGCCAGAUGGUGAACCUCAUGGACAAAGAUGGCAGCGGCAAGCUGGGCGUGGUGGAGUUUCAGAUCCUGUGGAAUAAGAUUCGCAGUUGGCUGACCAUCUUCAGGCAGCACGAUCUGGAUAAAUCCGGAACGAUGAGCGCCUACGAGCUGCGCCUCGCCCUGGAAAGUGCCGGUUUCCGGCUGAAUAAUAAGCUGAUGCAGGUGCUGGUGGCGCGUUUUGCGGAUAACGAGCUCGGGGUGGAUUUCGAUAACUUUGUCUGCUGCCUGGUGAAGCUGGAGGCCAUGUUCAGGUUUUUCAAGGGCAUCGACCAGGAUGGCAGUGGCUCUGCAGAGAUGAACCUCGGAGAGUGGUUGACGCUGACUAUGUGCGGAUAAUCGCACCGCCUGCCGUGCCGCCGCC